GCUGAAAACCCUGGUGCCUCCUGCGAAGGGGUCCAGAGGCGCGGGGCUCGGCCACUGCGCGUGCGCGCGCGGCGCCCGUCCCUUGCGACCCCUCUCCUGCGCCCGGACUUGGUACGGCCGGGACGACGGUUGGCGUCCUCCGCGGCCCAGCUUGGGGCGGACUUUUCAAAUCUUACCUCUGGGGGCGUGGCGGCGGCCCUGGCGCUGGUGCUGGCGCUGGAGAUGGAGCGGCCGGCCUCGGGCAGUGCGGAGCUAGCCCCGGCGGGGCUUCCCGCCCAACAGGACUGCAGCAUUCAAGAAAAAAUAGAUCUAGAAAUUCGGAUGCGAGAAGGAAUAUGGAAACUCCUUUCCCUGAGCACUCAGAAAGAUCAGAUUUUGCAUGCAGUAAAGAAUCUCAUGGUAUGCAAUGCUCGAAUAGUGGCUUAUACAUUGGAGCUACAGAAAUUGAAAGAGCAGGUUGCAAAUCAGACUGGAAGAUGUGAUGUGAAUUUUGAAAGUAAAGAACGAACAGCAUGUAAGGGAAAGAUUGCCAUAUCAGAUAUUCGAAUACCGCUAAUGUGGAAAGACUCUGAUCACUUCAGCAAUAAAGAACGAUCACAGCGCUAUGCCAUUUUUUGUUUAUUCAAAAUGGGAGCUGAAGUUUUUGAUACCGACAUGGUGAUUGUGGAUAAAACAAUCACAGAUGUAUGUUUUGAAAAUUUAACUAUAUUUAGUGAAGCAGGACCAGACUUCCAGGUAAAGGUGGAGGUAUAUAGCUGCUGUACAGAGGAAUCUUCUAUAACCAACACACCAAAAAAACUAGCCAAGAAACUGAAGACAUCUAUAAGUAAAGCUACAGGGAAGAAAAUUAAUUCAGUGCUUCAAGAAGAUCAAGAAACGUGUUUGUCCUUCACUUCUGCUAUUCUUGGUACAAAGUAUAAUUUGCUAGCUCAUACUACACUGACCUUGGAAAGUGCUGAGGAUAGCUUCAAGACCCAUAAUCUGUCUAUUAACGGAAAUGAGGAGUCUUCAUUUUGGCUGCCCUUAUAUGGCAACAUGUGCUGCCGAUUAGUUGCCCAGCCAGCUUGUAUGGCUGAGGAUGCAUUUGCAGGAUUUCUUAAUCAGCAGGAAAUGGCAAAAGGUCUGAUUAGUUGGAGAAGGUUGUAUUGUGUUUUAAGAGGGGGUAAACUCUAUUGUUUUUAUACUCCUGAAGAAAUUGAAGCUGGAGUGGAACCAGCUUUGUUAGUAUCCAUUAACAAGGAAACCAGAAUUCGGGCAAUGAAUAAAGAUGCCAAAAAAAGAAUCCUUAGUUUCUCUGUCAUCAACCCUGUUGCUGGACAGGCUGUAACUCAUAUUUUUACAGCUGACAAUAGAGAAGAUCUUCAGAAGUGGAUGGAGGCCUUCUGGCAGCAUUUCUUUGAUCUUAGCCAAUGGAAGCAUUGUUGUGAAGCCCUUAUGAAAAUUGAGAUUAUGUCACCACGGAAACCACCUUUGUUCUUGACAAAAGAGGCGACCUCAGUCUACCAUGAUAUGAGCAUUGAUUCACCUAUAAGACUUGAAAGUUUAACUGAUAUAAUGCAAAAGAAAAUAGAAGAGACAAAUGGACAGUUCCUUAUUGGACAGCAUGAAGAAUCCUCACCACCUCCUUGGGCUACACUCUUUGAUGGUAAUCAUCAAUUGGUCGUUCAGAAAAAGGUAUUACCUCCUCCAAGCAAGCUGUUCCAUGAGGGGAAAGGGAAAAAGAGACGUGCUCCCCUUCCUCCUCCUGAUAAAACUCCAUUCAGUUUAGGCACAUAGAGCAACUGGGAAAAAACAAGCGUAUCUCAGACCUCACAUUUGGACACCAAAUUAUCAACCCUAAUGCAUCACUUACAGAAACCAGUGGCUGCUCCUCGAAAACCUUCCUUCCAGGAAAACUAGUUUAACUGAUGGUGAACACACAGACACUAACACCAGUUUUGAAGUCAAGCCAGUGCCAGCCCCAAGGCAGAAAUCUAUCAAAGACAUUUUGGACCCUAGAUCAUGGUUGCAGGCACAAGUAUAGAAAACCCUUAAUGUGGUAAGCAUUUAACAGCAUCUAUAACUGUGAGGCUUAAUUCAAAAGCACUACAGAUGUAGUAAUAUAUAAUUAUGUAGGUAAAUAUGAUGAUUUGCAUCAAUAAUUAAUGAUCUAUUAGGUAUUUAAAAUGUUUUAUAAUGAAGAAAUGGAUUUCUCUUUUACUUUUGAUUUUCAGAAUGUGAGUAAUUUCCCCAGCAGAGUUCAAGAGGCAGUUUUUAGACAAUAUCCUAAUGGUUAGAAGGGGUAAUUUAUUCCUAAAUUAGUACCAGGCAAUGAACAAGCACUAGGCUGAAGAAAGCAUUAAACUUUCUUUGGGUAGAGACUGUCUAGUAAUAUAAAAUGUGUUAAAUAUGAGUCAUGUUCUCAUUGUGAGAAUUUUAAUACUAAUGGAAUGUUUCAAAAGUUUUAUUCAAACCACAAAUUAUAGAAUCCACCCAAGAAAAUUUCUUCUUAGCAUUCUGGAAUUCUCAUCUAAUGGUUCACUGGCUCUCAUCUAUUGUUUAGCUCACUAGUUAACUCACUGACCUUUCAUGUUCCUGGGAUAAAUUCUAGAAUAUUAAAUUCUUCAUCUUUAAAGAGAUUUUGAAAUGUGCUAUUCAGAGUUGUUUCUUUGAUGAGCCUUGAAAUCCUGUUGAAAUUAACUCUUAUAAGUGAAGCAUAACAUUUAUUAGUUUAGAGAAAAGAUAGAAGAAAUGUUUUUACUUCCACUUUUCUGUGCAUGGUGCUAAUUUCCAUUGUGACAUUGAAAUUUUGGUAAGUGAGUAGCUGAUUAACACCUUAAAAUUCAUUUAAUACUUAUUUAAAAAGCAGAUGGCUGAAUCAAAAAUAUCAGAAAAGUUGGCCAUGAUUAUAAUUUUCAGAAUUAAUCCUUUUAAAAAAGUUUAAUUAGAUUUCCUUUUUCUACUAAGGUUGAUGUCUGCUAUUGAUAUUAUUCAUUAAAAGCCAUAUUCUUCUAACAAUAACAUUGGAAUCAUUUCCAUAGGAGGUAAUUUCCAUAGCAACUAAUCAUAGUGACCCAAGCAGGAUUAUUAAAUCAAGUGGGGACUAAAUAGUAAGAGGAUGAAUACCUUAAAGGAAAAAGAAAUCCAUUUUUUUAUAAUAAUACUUCUUGUAAACAAGAGCUGAACAGUUUUAAAAAUCUAAUCAGUAUUUCCAAAUAAAACAGUUUUCCAUAAGGUGUCAGCAACAGCACUAAAAAUCUCUUAUCACACUGAAUCUUAAAUGUCAUUGCAAGCAAUGCAAAUAUAAGAAUUAGAUUACUGCCCUGUGUAUAACCUCUAGAGAUCUUUUUAAAGCUCAUAAGAACUCUCUUUGGAUCAGAACUACAUUAUCAUAAAGUAAAACGAACACUUGAUAAACUACAACGUUAAUUUAAAUGGAGCCUUUCAUCAUUUUUAGGUAGCAGCCUCUUUUCAUUUAUAUAGAAUGAUGUAACUGCUAGGUUUCUUUUGUGUUUGCACAGGGCUCCUAGUAGGAAUUAGAACUCAAGGGAGUAGUGAUACAAAAGGUCUCUUGUGACUGGAGACACCAGGAAAGACACAGUAUUUGAUAAGAAGGAAAUACUACAUGCUUGCCUGAUAUCAUAUAGAGACAAUCACAUAUAUGAAAACCUAAAAAGGUAGGAUUAAUUUGUUUUUUUCUAACGUGAAGGUUCUUGUAAAUUUCUGUUGUGAUUGUCAAUUUAGUAAAUGAUGUAUUAAAAGUCUAAAGUUUUGAUAGUAUUUGAAUUUUUAUUUAUUUUUGAAACCUCACUAUUUGACAUCAUGACUGUCCUUGCAACUAAAUUAAUGAGGUAGAAGAUGCUUCAGGCAAAAUUGUUUUUGAAACCAGCAUCUAAACAUAUUUUUUUGUUGUUAUUGGAACCUUCCUUAUAACAAACCAGUGUUAAAACUUCCAAAUUAUAUUAUCAUUUUUGCUCAUGUGUAUUAUCUAAAUAAAGAUUUAAUCUGUACAGGAAAAAGAAUUUACACACACUGAAAUUACCUAGCAAUUGUGCCGUUGGUGAGGAACUUUGAAACAAGGCUGAAGCCCUUUUUCUUAAAACCGUUUUAUGUGAAGCCUGAGCAAGGACCUCCUUCUCCCAAAAUUAUUCAGGAUGUCUCAGGAGGGCCCAUCUCGCUGUAUGUCACACAGCCUUUGAAAUCAGGCUAACGUCUUCAGCUGCACUUCCCUGACAUCGUGCUUUCCUCCUAAAAGAUAUAACACAAAGUUGGGGUUUCCUUCUCCCCUCCUUCCCUCUCUUCUUUCCUUUCUCCUUCCUUCCAUCCUUUCACAGUUAAAAAAAAGCUGAAAAUGCAAAGUUAAACACUUUGUCAAAGAGUUUGUGAAAAAAAAGUAUUUGUUUUCUUAUUUCCUAAGCCAGAAAUUUAUGACAGAGAAAAAUAUGCUAUGUAAUAAAAGACAUUUCAGGUUUUUAUGA